CACUCUCUGAUAUAUUCAAAUAUAUCACAAGCACUAGAAAAAGUGACAUGGUAUCAGAGCCUGGUUCGAGGUAAGUGUUUGUGAUAUGAAUCUUGUUUAUUUCUUUCUAAUUUUUCGCUGUGAAAUCAGGGAAUAAGACCACCAAAAGCUCUGCCCUCUCGGUCUAAAUAAAACCGAAGAGGAGAACCACAAUGGCAAAGUAUGUAUUGUCUCAUGAAGACUACAAAAUAGUUGCAACAUUUGAGUAUAUUCGAAAAUUUCGAAUAAUUGAAGAUGCUCGGGGGAUGAUAGAUGAAGAUGAGAGGGAUCAUGCAAAUGAGGCUGUGUGGAUCGAACUCAACAAUCUCCACCCGGAUUUAAGCAUCAUGCAACGUAAGAUUUUUAUGUUUCUCGGUAUACUUAGUGGUAAAUUCAAUAAACUAACCAUGCAGGUCUUAACUUCAAAAGAAUCACUCACCAUACAAGAGGUGAGAUCUUUGUGGGUUAAAGAUCAUUUGGCUCGAUGGAAUGAAACCACGAAUUACUCAGAGAAUGAGCUUACGGAGAUGACAGUCCGAGAAUUCUUUUUAACUCAUAUGAAGCCUACAAUGAUUUUAAAACCAAAGGAGCCAUCUUGGAGGAUACUUGAACAAGUCCUUAUGACCAAUAAGGAGUUGUUGAGCCGUUUGUUAACAUGCUCAAGGAAGAACAAUGGCUACCAUGGAAUCGUGGAUGAACUAAGAGCAACAUUUCAAAGAUUCGAUGACAUCCAAAAAUGGCGAAAUUGGAAGAGUACAAAAAAAAAAAUUAUUCGCUCUUCAAGAUUGGACUUUCGAAAAAUCUUCAAGCCAAUCUUGAGGGGGAAUGUUAACAUGACAAGAUAUUUGGCUCAUAUGCACAUGCAGAUGUGGUGAUGAUCUUAAGGCAUGAACUUGAUCACUCAAACAUGCAUGGAAGGAUUGAUGAGGUGGCUGCCAACUCAGCUAGCCGUUUCCCACUUUCCAUGAAUGAAGAUCUAAAUCUACAAGAUUGAUUCAAGAUAGAAGAUUGCAUUCCAUACAUAUAUAUAGUAGCCGUUUGUGAUUUAUAUUUUUGCCUUAUUUCUUUGAUUCUAUUUAUAUAUAUAUAUAUAUAUAUAUAUGUACAUUGACUAGAAUAAUAACAAGAU